AUGGCCGUGACACAAAGGCAGCAUGUUGAGCAGGUCAAGCAGACGGAACAGCAAACCGACGUUCCUAGCUUGAAGGAGCUCAAAGAUGCAAUCCCAAAAGAAUGCUUUGACUCGUCUCUCUUCACUUCCUGUCUAUACCUGGUUCGGGAUGCCAUCUACUGUUCAGCUCUGAUCUACGCGGCCCUCCACAUCCACCUCCUCCCUUCGCUGCCUUUGCGCAUCAUCGCCUGGGCCACCUACGGAUUCUUCCAAGGUUGCGUCGGAACAGGCCUAUGGAUUCUCGCCCACGAAUGCGGCCACGGCGCCUUCUCGCGCCACCAGACCAUCAAUGAUUUCAUCGGCUGGGCUACGCACUCGUUCCUCAUGGUGCCUUACUUCUCAUGGAAGAUCACACACGCCCGCCACCAUCGCUAUACCGGCCACAUGGAGAAGGACACUGUCUUUGUCCCCUGGACCGAGGAUGAGUUGGCGACGAAGCGCAAUGUCUCCAUUGAGCAGCUGAAGCACCUUGCCGAGGAAACUCCCAUUGUCUCCUUCUUCCAGCUCAUUGGACACCAAUUGCUCGGAUGGCAGCUGUAUCUUUUCCUGAACGUGACUGCCGGUAAACAGAGUGGUCCCGAUGGCAAGGGUAACACCGCAUUUGCCAGCCACUACAACCCAUCCGCUGAAAUCUUCACGGCCUCCCAGUGGAAGCUGAUCGCUUACUCUGAUCUCGGACUGUUGAUCAUGGGCUCGAUUGUCUACUACACUGGAACUAUCAUUGGCGCAUGGAAUGUUUUCUUGCUCUACGUCGUUCCUUAUCUCUGGGUUCACCACUGGUUGAUCGCCAUCACAUACCUCCAACACACCCACCCCGCUGUCCCCCACUACACCGCCGAAGCCUGGACUUACACCAAGGGCGCAUUGGCCACCAUUGACCGCACUACCGGCUUCAUCGGCCGCCACUUCUUCCACGAGAUCAUCGACUAUCACGUUGUCCACCACCUGUUCAGCCGCAUUCCCUUCUACAAGGCCGAGGAGGCGACCAAGGCCAUCCAGCCCAUGCUCGGUGAAAACUACCACGAGCAGAAGGACGAGAGCUUCCUGUACUCGUUGAUGAUGACGUUCCGCAAGUGCAUCUAUGUCUCGGAGAACAAGGCACUGGCCGCUGGACAGUCUGGUGUUCUGCACUUCGUUAUCUCUGAUGACAGGAAAUGA